GUUAACUAAGUAGGAAGUAACGACUGAUAGUGACCUUUCUUGUCCUUAAAACAUCAGUUUCCUACUGGCUGUCGACUGGAGAACGUUGUUUUUUGCUGAUAUCUGCACAAUAUCUGAAUUUUCCUUUCGUUAAACUCGUGCUUGGUCUAAUCGAUUCGAAAAGCCUGCAAAAAUGGUCUGGAUUACCAGCGACGACAAGAUGUCUGGGAAACCCAACACCCAGGCUUUGUACGCCCAAAGCCAACUAGACCACAUGUGCGCCCUCGACAUCGAGAGUCGCGCGUCGUUUGUGCGACUCUCAGGGAUCAUUUGCACUAUCGGACCCGCUUCGAGGCCUGUAGAGAAGCUGGAGAAGAUGAUCGAGACGGGCAUGAACAUCGCGCGAAUGAAUUUCUCUCACGGAUCCCACGAGUAUCACGCGGAGACCAUCUCUAACGUGAGGCAAGCGCAGAAGAAUCUCACUGCCAAGACUGGCAUCAACGUCCCUGUCGCCAUUGCCCUCGACACCAAGGGACCUGAAAUUCGUACUGGGCUCCUGGAAGGAGGUGGAUCCGCUGAAGUCGAGUUGGUGAAAGGUCAGACCUUCAAGCUCUCCACUGACAAAUCCUUAGCAGAGAAAGGAAACGCGAAUCUGGUCUACGUGGACUACGAUAACAUCUCCAAAGUGCUGCAGGUUGGAAACCGCGUAUACGUCGAUGAUGGUUUGAUAUCUCUUAUCGUCACCGCAGUCAGUCCCGACUCCAUCACAACCACGGUUGAGAAUGGAGGUAUGCUAGGUUCCCGCAAGGGCGUAAAUCUCCCUGGCGUGCCAGUAGACCUCCCCGCUGUCUCCGAAAAGGACAAAUCUGAUCUGCAGUUCGGAGUAGAGCAAGAAGUAGACAUGAUCUUCGCCUCGUUCAUCAGGAACGCCGCGGCCCUGGCGGAGAUCCGAGCGAUCCUUGGCGAGAAGGGAAAGAAUAUCAAGAUAAUAUCGAAGAUCGAGAAUCAGCAAGGCAUGACGAACCUUGACGAAAUCAUCGAGGCUUCCGAUGGCAUCAUGGUCGCUCGCGGUGACCUUGGUAUCGAGAUACCGCCGGAGAAAGUAUUCCUAGCGCAGAAGUGCAUGAUCAGCAGAUGUAACAAGGUCGGGAAACCGGUGAUCUGCGCCACGCAGAUGCUGGAGUCCAUGGUGAAGAAGCCACGUGCCACGCGAGCCGAAUCAUCUGAUGUAGCGAAUGCUGUCCUCGACGGUGCUGAUUGCGUCAUGUUAUCAGGCGAGACUGCCAAAGGAGACUAUCCGUUGGAGUGUGUGCGCACAAUGGCCAACAUCUGCAAGGAAGCAGAAGCCGCCAUUUGGCAGACACAGAUAUUCCACGACCUCAAGAGCAAAGCUGUACCUCCAAUCGACGCCACACACGCUACAGCUAUCGCUGCUGUGGAAGAGUCCAUAAAAUGCUUAGCUACUGCCAUUAUAGUAAUCACAACCACGGGUCGCUCCGCGCACCUGGUCGCCAAGUACAGACCUCGCUGUCCCGUUAUCGCUGUGACCAGAUUCAACCAGGUCGCGAGACAGGCGCAUCUGUAUCGUGGCAUUCUUCCACUUUAUUACGACGCCGCGCCAUUGCCCGAUUGGGUGAAGGACGUCGAUGUACGCGUUCAGUUUGGAUUGAACUUCGGCAAGAGUCGCGGUUUCAUUAAAACUGGAGACUCUGUUGUAGUCGUCACUGGGUGGAAACAGGGCUCAGGAUUUACGAAUACGCUUCGCAUUGUAAAUGUUGACUAAAAACAUACUGGCUGACCAUAAAAGAGAAACGAGGAUUCAGCGACUGUAGAUGUUGAAAGUUCAGUAUUUAUGUAACUUAUAUGUACGAUGGGUAUAGUAAAUUCAUUGAAACAUUAUAAAUUCGAAGAUGCCAGUAGUCGCAGUAUUAUUCAGCCUACGAAGUACCUACUACUUAAAUGCAGUACACCUAAAUAUAUAUGUAUACGCACGUAUAUGACAAAGCGAGAUAUUUGCUCGAACCAGUGAAUCGUUGAAUUAACUGCUUGAAGAGUAUCUACUGGAUUUCAGAAUCUGUAUAAAGAUGAAUAAAAAAGUGUAUUUUAUUUUAAA